CAUGUUGGGCUAAGAAACCAUGCUCUGCAUGACAAAAUCUUGCAUCUCCAUACACUGCAGUUUGCGGCUCCCGUGUGGUUCAGAUGGAAAUCCCGGACCUUGCGCAACGACCCCACAUGCGAGCUUUGGCCCCGCUCUGAGCACCUGCUUCGAGUGACUGCGUCACCUACCCGCGCCACCAGCAAGCGCUCAGCGCACAUUCAUCGCAUCUGAACGAGAGCCUUACCACAGGACAUAGUACCGAGCUAUCCAAACCACUGCGUUACCAACCCAUAUCAAACUACACAGUUGCAUACAACUUUACAAGCACAAUGCGGUUCGCUUCGAAAAAACAAACGAUCGAGGGCAUCGACGAGGAUGCCGGCAUCUCCCUCCUGAUUGUCGAGCCCGAGGACAUGUGGCACGCCAACAACCUAAUCGCCAACGGAGAUGUCGUACACGCACCCGCAUUCCGCAAAGUCACGAUGACUACCGCGACAGGCUCCAAGGUCGUCAAGAACGUCCGCACGAACCUGUCAAUCCAAGUCAAGUCGACUUUCUUCGACCCGCUCGCAUCGGAGCUCAAGGUGUCGGGCACCGUCGCCAACGAGAACGACUGGGUCAGUGUCGGUCAGCACCACACCCUCACGCUCAAGUACGAGAAGGCGGACAUCAAGUUCACGAUAUGGAAGAGCGAGGGCUGGGACUCGGUGGCGAAACAGUCGCUGAAGGAGGCGCUGAGCGAGGACCGGCCCGAGGCCAUCGCCGCCGUGGUUAUGCAGGAGGGUCUCGCCAACAUCUGCCUGAUCACUGAGUUUCGGACGAUCGUCAAGCAGCGCAUCGACAGCCCGAUACCGAAGAAGCGCUCGACCGCCAAGGAGUCAUCCGGUGUGAUGUCAUCCUUCUACGACAAGACCCUGGCGAGUCUGCGAAACAACAUCGACUUCAGCAUCCCCCGCACGCUUCUGCUUGCGAGCCCCGGGUUUUCGGCCGAUGAUUUCCGCGCAUACAUGCAGUCCGAAGCCUCAAGGACCGGCGAUAAGGGCCUGCAAAAGAUUGCCAGGGAGGCCGUUGUGGUCAAGUCGACCUCUGGCCACGUGCACAGCCUCAACGAGGUGCUCAAGAGCACCCAGGCGAAGAAGAUUGUGCAGAACGCCAAGUUCGCAACGGAGUCGAACCUGAUGGACCAGUUUUACGACCGUCUGCGCAAGGACGACGGGAGGGCCUGGUACGGCACGAAGCCGGUCGAGAAGGCCGUUGUCGAGGGAGCCGUUGGCCGGGGUGGCGGGGUGUUGUUCGUCAACAACGGCUUUUUCCGGAGCAUGGAUGUUGCCACGAGGAAAAGGUAUGUCGGGUUGGUGGACAAGGUCAAGGACGACGGUGGAGAAGUGAGGUUGCUCAGCAGCGACGACGAAAGCGGCAAGCGGUUGGAGUCGCUGGGCGGCAUCGCUGCGAUCUUGACAUAUCCUAUUUUGGAUCUGGAUGAGGACGAUGAAGAGGAAGAGAUAGCGGCUGACCCUAACGACGGGGACAUGAUCAUCUGAAGCUGCGUGUGUUCUUCGGCGCUGUUGCGCCCGGUCGGUUGACUUCCCAAGGUCCCUUCAAGCCCCAAGACAACAACAACAACAACAACUGGGGUAACCCCCUAACCUCUGCCAUAUCAGCUUGCUGGGUGCCGACGAUGUCCGCACCAGCACGCAAGAGCAGCCCGAUACUCUGGACCGGGACCGAACUACCGUGUCUGACUUUCUACGUGAGAACAUCGGGUGUGAGAAAGUUAUUUGCCAGGAUUGGAGGAUAGGUCAGCACGUCAAACAGUCUAAGAUGACGGUUCCGCGAAGUAGACCCGACAUUCACAGCCUGGAGCGAGUCAUCCAUCUUGUGAGCAUGAAGUCUGCCUUACUUCAAGGUUCGCUUGGCACCUUGGCGAACGGAGUGCGUCGCCCACAAACACGUUUGGUUAGCGUGUGAGUUCA